GUCACACUUGAUGAGCUGCUAAACGACCAAACAACACAACUGGAAUAUUUGCAUGAACGUGCCUUUGAGAAUGUCUAACAAGCUGUUACUACUCAAUGUCAUCCUCACCCUGUGGGUUUGCUGUGCUCAUGGGCAAGGAAGAAUGUGUGAUUUUCCAGAAAUAAAACAUGGAAGCAUAUAUAAUGAAAAUAAAUAUAAAAAAAUCUUCCCAGCUGAUGUAGGGAAAUAUUUCUACUACACCUGUGAUCACAGCUUUGUGACUCCUUCACAAUCACUCUGGACUCGAAUAAACUGUACAGAGGGAGGAUGGUCCCCAGCACCAAAGUGCCUCAGACAGUGCUUUUUCCCUUGGGUGGAAAAUGGUCAAUCUACGUCUUCAGGACAAACACACCGGGAAGGUGACACUGUUCACAUUGUCUGUGAUGCUGGCUACAGUCUCCCAAAUGGUCAGAGCAACAUCACAUGUGGAGAAAGAGGCUGGUCCUCCCCUCCUGAAUGCCGUCGUGUCUACCCUCAAGGAAGAUGUGGGCCUCCUCCGCCAGUAGACAACGGAGACACUACCUCAUUCCCAUUAACACAGUAUCCUCCGGGAUCGGCUGUUGAGUACCAGUGCCAGGCCUACUAUGUACUUCAGGGAGACAGAUACAUAGUGUGUCGGAAUGGAGAGUGGUCAGAACCACCAAAGUGCUUAGAUCCAUGUGUAAUUUCAGAAGAAAUGAUGAAACAACACAACAUACAGUUAAAAUGGAGAGAUGAUAAAAAAAUUUAUACUAGAACAGAUGACACUAUUGAAUUUACGUGUAAACGUGGAUAUCGCCCAAGGACACCAAAUCAUACAUUUCGAACAACCUGUCAGAAAGGAAAAUUGGUGUAUCCUCAUUGUGAAUGAAACAUUGGUGAAAAUGCAGUCACAAAACUGAACUUUUCAUUAUUCAUCCAAUUCUCAUUUUAUCAAGUAAAUCAGAAUUUGUGUUAAAUAUUAUGUGGAUGGUGCAAUUAUAAUCCAGGUGACCAACUAAUCACUUCUUAAAAGCACUUCAUUAACACUUGGAAAAUCAAAAUGCUACAUGUCCUAUUUAUAAAACAAAGAAGAAAGAAGAAAUUUGGGAAGAAAUUAGAUGUAACAACUUCAAUGCCUCCUUCCAUCCAUCAUUCUAACUUUCUAAAAUAUUCUCCAUAACUUCUGAAGUUUUCUGAGACUUUAUUUCAUAAAAAAUGCUUAUCUCCAUUCUCAAAAUAUCAAUUCACAAACACGUAAAAA